AUUUCGCAGGAUACCAGCGCUAUCUAAAGCCAUCAUUUCCGCUAUUGCCGUCGACACCGUCUUGGCCGAAUAUGCAGCAUCACCAGAGCACACCCGAGGAAGACGACCGCGCCCGCGCCAUCGUCCAGACGCUCUCCGCGGUGCUAGAGUCCAUGGUCCAGUCGGCCGAUGCGAUUCCCGCCGGCUACAUGCGCCGGACCAAAUUCGAAGCCUUCCGCGCGCCGCAGAUCUCGAUAUUGGACUACCUCUUGCGCAUCCAGACGUACGCGGCCUGUAGCCCCGAGUGCUUUGUGCUAGCGCUCAUCUACAUUGACCGCCUGCACCAGAUGCAGGGCUUCGUCAUGACCGAGCUCAAUGUGCACCGCGUCAUCAUCACGGCGAUCGUGCUCGCGGCCAAGUUCUUUGACGACCAGUACUUCAACAACGCGUACUACGCCAAGGUCGGCGGCGUGCCCGGCUCCGAGAUGAACGAGCUCGAAGUCGAGUUCCUUCUCUUGACCAACUUUAGCCUCCACGUGACGUCCGAGGCGUACUCGCGCUACUACAACGAGCUCGCCAACCACUACAUCUUUUCGCGCACGCAAGGCGGCGAGGUCAAGCACUGCGUCCGGCCCGACCCGGCCCAAGGCGGCCAGCUCGUCUACGUAACCGACGUGGUGCGCUCGUUCGACGACACGGACAUGACCUACUGCGACCCGCAGUUUUCAUCCACCGCGAGCUCGAGCAGCCUUGGCUCCAGCUACGGCUCGACGAACGGCUCGACGACGUCGUAUGGCAUUGCGAGCGCCACCAACUGCAAGAAGCGGACGCGCGCGCCUUCCAACCCGAAGCGACGCAACGUCUUCCCCCUCGGCGUCAACGCCUAAGCGACUCUUCCGUCGCCUGUACCACUAGCCUCCACCUCCGUAGAUAAGAUAGGAUUCCUUAGAUUAUAAUAUUUUAUUGCAGCGCGCACGCGAUCCUCGAGGACCC